AUGCCUGUACCGGACGAUAAGAGAUUACCUGUCACCCUUCUAUCAGGUUUCCUGGGCAGUGGUAAAACCACAUUACUAAGUUAUAUCUUGAAAUCGAAAGAUCAUGGUCUGAGAUGUGCCGUCAUCGUAAAUGAUAUGGGCGCUUUGAACAUCGACGCAAGCUUGAUCAAGAACCAUAAGCUUACUCAGAAAGAGGAAAAGGUAGUUCAAAUGCAAAAUGGCUGUAUUUGCUGUACACUCCGAGCGGAUCUGUUGGAAGAAGUUGCCAAUCUCGCUGAGAUGGGAUCAUUCGACUACCUGAUCAUUGAAAGUUCAGGUAUAUCCGAGCCUAUCCAAGUCGCCGAAACGUUCACGCCAGAAUUUGCCGAGUCUAUCGAAGGAACCUCAGUGGAAGAGAUCGAAGAAUCCCUUCCAGCCGAUGACGGUACCACCCCCGAAGCUAGACGUCGGUUGGCCAAAUUGAUUGCUGAAGGAGGUUUAAGCAAAGUCGCUAAAUUGGAUACCUGUGUUUCAAUGGUUGACUGUACGACUUUCAUGGACGAUUUCGACACCACGGACUUCUUGACUGAUAGACAUGGGAAAGAGGUGGAUCCGGAAGAUGAGAGAAACAUCACUGAUUUGUUGACCGACCAAAUCGAGUUUGCGAAUGUCAUCCUGCUGAACAAGACGGAUAUGGUCAGUAAAGAACAAAUCGCCAAGAUCGAGAACCUAGUCAAAACACUCAAUCCCGGAGCCAAGAUCAUACGUACAUCAUACUCCAAGGUGGACCUCAAAGAGAUCCUCAAUACAAACUUGUUUGAUUUUGCUAAGGCUGCUACUGGUGCGGGCUGGUUGCAAUCCCUGAGAGAAAACACAUUGAUGGAGAUAACGGACUCCAAAGGAGUGAAGAAGAUGGUCCCCAAACCGGAAACUCUGGAAUACGGUAUAAGCUCCUUUGUGUACACCGCACGAAGACCAUUCCAUCCCCAUCGAUUAUGGGAGCUGCUUUCUUCCCCUUUCUGUAUCAUCCAAUCUGCUGAGGAGGAGGAAGAAGAAGAAGAGGACGGUGAAGAGGGAGAAGGAGAGGGAGAAGAUGAAGAUGUAGAGAUGGACGAAGAGAAGUUGAAAGCUCAAAGAUUGGAAGAGAUGAAAGCUGAAAAGGAAGCUCUGGAUCUACCCUCGAAGGUGGAGUUCAAAAGAGAAUCCAAAGUUUGGAAAGGCGUACUGAGAUCGAAAGGCUGGAUUUGGUUGGCUACGAGACCUAACUUACAUGGUGAAUGGUCACAAGCUGGUGUGAUGUGUACCAUCGAUGGGGGCGGACCUUGGAUGUGCAAGAUACCAGAAGAUCAAUGGCCAGGUGGAGGUGAUCAGGAGACUACUGAUGCGAUAAAGUUGGAUUUCAUGGGUGAAUGGGGUGAUCGUCGUCAGGAACUUGUAUUCAUUGGUCAAGAGUUAGACCAAGAAUUGAUCCGGGAAACGAUGGACCAGGUCCUUCUUAACGAUGAUGAAUGGGCCCAAUGGGAAAAGAUCAUGAAAUCUCGACGAUUGAGCGAUGAAAAGAAGAACGAAAAGCUUUUCAACCUCUUCGAUGAUGGAUGGGAAGCCUGGCCUGAACCCAUUGAAGAUGACGAAGAAGAAGGUGAGGAAGGACACAAUCAUCCCCAUGCUGGACACAACCAUUCGGCGGUUCCCAAGAAAAAAGCCAAAAUUUCAGGAGAGUAA